CAAAUAUAGAACGGCUUGUUUAACACCUGCUACAUCCGGGCAAUAUCGGCAGUAAGGUCACACAGACGGUGCCGAAAUGUUUCGAACCGUUUGCAACAGCUUUGGGAAGAAGCGAGGUGUGGCCCAGUUGUAUGGAAUUACCAGGUUGAGUGUUGGACAGGCAAGAUGUAACACUACAUCUGUACAGGCAACAGGCAGCAAGGGUGAAGCGCCACUGUGGAACGAGGAGGACGGGUGGGUGGUGCUGGACCCACCCUCGGACACCGCGGUGGUGGAGAGAUUGGCCAAGCAGGAGGACUGGAGCAAUGUGCACUACCUGACACGCCCCGACCUCUCCCAGCAGGAGAAACAGUGGUUCAAGGAGGCCUACAAAAGCCCCUACAAACCUUACCCCCCAGAGAAGUUCCUGUUGAAGAGGGGAGGUAAUGUUGUGGUGGAAUAUGUCCGUGUUCCUGUUGGGACAACAAGGCGACAGAUGAUAGAAAAAAGCUUUGAGGCUCCGGAGGACGAAAAAGACAUCGCUCCCUUUGACCUAAAGAAGCAGUGGGCUUGGGCCAAUAAAGUUCUGUUUGGACCCCAGAGAGACAUGAAGAACUACCCCAGCUAUGUCGACCCAGGCACAGUACCCAGGCCCGAGAUUGUCCACAAAUUUGUUCCCAGAUCCUUAUUUGAUGCCAUGGUACCAUAUAGUGGAGUCACAGGGUUCUAUGUGCUGUCCGUGGGCGGUGUGUUUGCUCUGGUUGGUAAGGGCGUGAUCGUGUCCACCUAUGCCCUCUCCUACUUCUUUUACUUUGGUAUUGCAUGGGCAUUUACCAAACUUCCUCCAGUCAGACGUUUCCUAGACAACAGAGUUCCUCAACUUACCAACAGAUUAAAUGAGAUGUAUUACGUGGGCCCUAUUCAACAAAAGAAGGAUCACAUCAGUGCGUGUAUAGCAGCCGCCCAACAGACCAAGGACAUGAUUCAGCAGCUGCCCAAGCUCUACGACGUUCAAAUUGAAAACGUUGAUCUUCAGCUGGAGAACAACUACAGAGACCGACUAAAGCAAGCAUUUACUGAAGUCAAAUCUCGCCUGGAUUGCCAGGUAGCUUUAGCAGCAACAAAAGCAGAGUUAGAAAAGGAUUACAUGAUCGACUGGAUCACAAAUCAAGUCGUACAGAACAUUACACCUGAUCUGGAGAAGAAGAACAUCCAGUCUUGUUUAGCCCAGCUGCAGACUCUGUCAAAAUCAGCAAAGAUCUAGAGAACAUUGUGAUAUAGCUGGAUUUGUGUGGAACUCUUAUUUAAGAAAUAUUGAGGACAGACAUGUAUGUCAAUGCUUUCCUGUUAAAACAAAUGUGUACUGAUAUAAAUAAAGCCAGCUUUCCAAAUGCUGGAUAAAAAUUGA